GACAUCAUUUAGUCGCCCAGAGUGAAGAUUUAGUCGCAUGUGCGAGUGAUUUCCUCGCAAUGUAGAGGGUUGCUAUGUCUUGCCCACGGAGGGCCUCGGAACCCUUAAUCUUUCCUAAGUAUUUUGGUAGUAUAGGGAUCCAGCCAUAGAGGCCGAGUAGGGGGCUCCACCAUGUCCUCCUAGUCUGCCUGCUCUGCCAUGGCGCCCUGAACUGCCAGAUCCACCAUGGGUCCCAGAAACAGGUGCCGCCCUGGAGGCCUUCCAUUCUAGAACCCUGCUCCUAGAGCACCCACCCCGUGUAAUGUCAGUUAUAUCAGACUCUGUUCCUUAUUUUGUGUGUGUUUUGCUCCCCAUAUAUUUCCAUGCCCCUUUUUGGUCUUCCUGUUACUGCCUUGAUUGUUUAUUUGAUCCCAGCUGUGUCCCAUUGAUUUCCUUGAUAAGUUUCUGAGUUUCCCUUGUCCGGUUUUGAUCGUCAACCCCUCAGUCUACGUGUGUGAUCCAGCCUGUGUUCCUCGUUGUUUGCAAGAAUAAAUACCUUUCAUUUAAUCCUCUUCAUCUCCAUGCUCCUUCGUCUCCCUGUUUCUGCCACAGUAGGCGAGCCGUGACAUGUUAAACAUGGAGCACGACAUACAAGUAACAACAACAUCAUCCAUCCUUUCCACAAUCCCUCCGGCUGUGUCCAAGAACAACCUUACCAACGACACCCAGUGUCCGCACUGGGAAGUGUGGGACUUGUUGUACAUCAUGCAGCCUGCUUACAUGUUUAUCAUCUGUGUGCUGGGAAUCCUGGGAAACAUCUUCGUCUUGCUGGUCUUCGGCCUGCAUAAGAAAGCGUGUACAGUGGCGGAAAUUUACCUGGGGAAUCUGGCGGCUGCCGACCUCUUAUUGGUCUCGUGUUUGCCAUUCUGGGCCAUCAGCAUCGCCGAUGGGUUUAACUGGCGAUUUGGCUCGCUCAUGUGCCGACUAGUCAACACAGGCAUCAGAAUGAACAUGCUUUGCAGUAUUUACUUACUAGUGUUGAUUAGCACCGACCGCUACGUCGCACUCGUCCACGCUUUAUCGCGUGGUAGAAUGAGACGGCCGCGGUAUGCCAAGCUCAGCUGCAUCGCCGUCUGGUUUUUCGGAUUAAUCCUCAACCUCCCAACGCUUCAUUUCCGAGAUACUCGAUUCAUCCCGGAGCUGAACAUCACGGCUUGUAUUCUAAACUAUCCGAACCCCAACGUUGGCCUCGCUUGUGACAUUCUUCUCAUCUUGCUAGGCUUCAUCGUCCCAUUUUUGGUGAUCUCCUACUGCACGCUGAAGAUCAUCCGAGCUUUGCACGAGCAGGUCGUCGACCGCUUCAAUGCAGAAAACACUGAAAGGAAAGCCACCAUCCUGGUGCUGGUGGUGCUGAUGGUGUUUCUCUUGUGUUGGGUGCCGUUCCACCUCGUGACCCUCAUGGAUAUCCUGAUGCGCUUCGGCGUCUUCAGCGGAUGUGACUUUGCAUCCGGUCUGGACGUCUCCAAUCAGAUAUUCACCUACUUGGCUUUGAGCAACAGCGUGUUGAACCCAAUACUCUACGUGAUCGUGGGCAAGAACUUCAGGAAGAAAGUCAAAGAGCUGAUGAAGCAGCUCACGGCGAAAAAAAAUGAUUCGACAAGCGGUUCUACAAGAUCACAGCUCUCCUCAACCUUAAAGACCUUCACAACAUAUUAAGAGCAUUAUGUAUUAAAUGUCCACAGGCACAAAUUAAAAUUAUAAUUAAUAAUGUUUGUUUAAUAUAUCAGUUUUGAUGUAUACUAAAAAAUGAAGUUGUAAAUAGAUUAUUGAAGUACAUUUUACAAGAAAAUACUAUUUUAGUCUUUCUAUUUCACAUUUAAUUAAAUGUUACUUUCCGUUUCUUCAUAAUUAUUUGUAAAAUUUACUAGCAAAUAUCGAGUGAAAAUUGUUUGUGUAAAUCAUACAUCAAAUUUAAAGACAAAAUAUUAAGACCAUUAUGUAUAAAAUGUCAAUAGGUACACUUUAAAGUUAUAAUUUGUUUGUUUAAUAUGUUAAUUAAUAUGUUUAAUAUUAAUUUGUUUGUGUAAUAUGUCAGUUUAAUUGUGAUUUUGAAAUGUAAAUAAAAAUUUACAUUUUCAAUUUAUGUUUUGAGAUGCUAAAAAUCAGAAAUGGCUGUGGUGUUUGUUUUUGUUUUUGUUUUUUUGGAAAAGAAAGUUUUUGUAUGUUGAUGUUAAAAAUCAGUAAACCGUAAAUAACAGUAAAAAAUACCAUCAAAUAAGUGUUAUUUUAGUAUCACUGAGAUACUAUUAUAUAUAUUUUGUAUUUUUUAUAUUUUACGUUUUUAAUUUUGUGAUUUUGCCUAUUUAUUAUUAGUUUUUAUGGUUUUAUUAAUUUUUAUUUCAAUUUUUAGUUUUAAGUAACACAAAUAAUUUUAAUUUGAGUUAACUACAAUACCCCUGUUCCAACUGCCAAAUUAAGUACAAUUACAUUAAACAUCACAUUUAUACUUUAAACUUAAGGUUGCAAAGAUGUUUCUUUGUCAUUUUGAAUAAAAGUGUCUAUAAACAUAUAUUUAUGCUUACAAAAUUUUGCAGAGAAUACAAUGACACUACUGUGGUACUUGUUCAAAAGACAUGGCAAAAUCACGGCACUUUUUGUCUGUGUAAUACAUGUUAAAUAUCAGACAGAUAGACCGUGAUUUCUGCAGACUGUGUCUGUUUGUUUCCACGGUUAGAAAAUGACUGGUUGGUUUUUAAAUUACAGACUUUCCGGUAAUGACUCUUCACUUGUUCCUCUUUGUGUGUCUAUGAAUAACAACCUCAUAAAUAGUGUUUUUCCAGCGAUACCUCAAUGGUCUGUGUUUCACACAGAGUGGUGGGACCUUCAUGAUUGCGGCUGGGCUGCUGUACUGUAAUCUCUCAGCAUUCCCUCAAAUAAAGCAUA